AGUCCUGAACAGGAACGAUAACGUCGUGGCUCUCGAUGUCGGUGAGCAGGGUUGACGCGACUCUCCCAGGGACGGGAGCAUCGUGCGUCCUGGCACUGCUGGGCCACAGGCAGUGUGGCUGGGACUUCGUGGGCACUGAGACCGAUCCUGCGGCCGCCACUCCUGCCACCGAAAAUGUGAGCCGCAACAACCUGGAGGAGCACGUCAAAGUGCUGGAGGUGGGCUCGCUCGUCGAGGCCGUGGAGAAGUCGGAGUCCCGCAAGUUCGACGUGUGCGUCUGCAACCCACCCUUCUUCGCCUCGGCCGAGGAGGCGGAUGCCAAGACGAAGGCAAAAGAGCAGGGGCGUGCCUCCCCGCCUUCGGACAUGGGGGGGGUCGAGGCCGAGAAGGUGUGGGCGAGCUCUGGAGAGGUGGGCUUCUUCAAGGACGUGCUGCUGCGCGACAGCCUGGUGCUGCGUGACAAAAUUGGCCUGUACACCUGUAUGCUGGGCAAGAAUGGAAGCGUCAAGGAGGUCCUCAGUGCCCUUCAAAACAAGGUCAAGUCGUGUCGAGUUGCAGAGUUUCACCAAGGAAAGACAACUCGCUAUGCCGUUGCAUGGACCUUUCUCAACGUCAACCUGCAAAAGCUUCCGUACUCCAAGGUGCGACAACAGAAGCAGCAGACCAAGAUUGAGCUGGUACUGCCGCAUUCACAGGUACCGGUCACCCUGCGGGUCCACUACGUCUGGCGGGAGCUGCUCAGUGCCCUCAACUCCAUUGAGGUUCCCUACGAGAUCAUCAACGAGGGUCAGAACAUGUGCCACCUUUGGGUCAAGGCCAAGGAGAACACGUGGACACACCUGCGACGCAGGCGCCGGGAGAUCGAGCGCAAACGUCGCUUGCGGGAGGAGGAGGCCAAGAAGGCCGAAGAAGCCAAAAAUCCGAAAGAAGAGGAGCCUUCGGGUGACCAGCAGACGCAGGACACACAGCAGCAAGAGCAAUCUUCAGAGGCAGCUGCAAAAAAUGACACAUCUGAAGCCGAAACAAGUGCAGGAACUUCCGAUUCCAUGGAGGAGGGGUCAGCGGUGGACGAGACCACUGCUCAGCCUGUUGGUUCUUCGGAGGAGUCCUCUGAAAUGGAGGUCUCAGAACAGGAGCCAGCUGAAUCUUCCAGUGAACCGGCCGAGAAAGAGGAGUUGGCAGCAGAGCCGGCUGGGCAGGCAGAUCAACAGCAGGCCGAACCGGCUGCCCCGUCCCAGGAAGUCUCCUCAAAUGGGCCUUCGCAAGCCGAGUUGGGCGAGUGCUCCAGUGGCCCGGCUGAGGAGCAGGAGGCAGCACCAGAAUCGUCUCGGGAGGAGUCGUCCGCCGUUUCAUCAGGAGUUGAGAACCCUUCAUCAGCUGUCACGUCCUCAAACCAUGUGCCACCACAGCCGGACGUAGACCCCACGCAGUCGUCUGAGCAGUCAGCCAGUCAAUCGACUGCGGAUGAGGCCAUGGAAGCCGACAGUGCCACUGACGGCGACGGCCAUGAACAGGGUGCGAAGAGGAAGCAGGCAGACGAGAGUGCCGUGGACGAGCCACCGAGCAAGGUUUCACGCCAGGAUGACAGUGACAAGUCUUUUGAGGAAAAUGCAGACGACAUGGCAGCUGAGGAAGGCUUUGGAGGCACCGAUCCCGAACCAGACAGUUCGCCCCUGCUACUGAGCACCGACGUGCGGGUACGGCGCGUCUACACCGACAUCGUCAUCCACAUGACCAUCCGAAGCGGCCAGUCGGAUGUGGCGCACCAACUGCUGCAGUACAUCAAGAACUCCUUGUGGGGCGUCUAACCCUCCACACUCAUUGUGUACUCCCCAACCCUCGAUGCAUGCUCUUAUUUGUUGCCUUCUUUUAAGUCGUCCUGCUUUCCGAGCCACUUUCCAAAAGAGCCGAGAAGCAGAAUUGCACGUGUGACAAUGCACAUUGUGGGUCUCAUUAUGUUUGUCAUUUCAUCUGCAUUGUGUGAAUGUGUUAGCGUGAAGAACCACUGCAAGAGUGUGCAUGGUUUGGCACAGAUGUCUCCUGUGGAUGCAUGCACAUUCCGCGGAAAUAAUAAUAAACAAAAGGAAUUUGCACCUUUCAAAGCGUUCUUUUGUCCAGUUGUGCUUUAAAAUCUUCUACACCCUA